GGGGCGGGCCGGGGGCGGUGCGGCCGGGCUGGGGCUGCCGGGGGCGGCGGAGCGCGGAGCACACGGUGGGGUCCGCACCAUGGGCUGCGGCUGCUGGCGGCUGCUGGGUCUCGUCUGCCCGCUGCUCCUGCAGCUCGUCGUGAGCCAGGAGCCCGUCAGCAUGGCCGGGAAGUGUGACACCAUCUACAAGGGCUUCGCCAGCUGCCUCCUCAGCCUGGGGGAGAGCAUGGCCCAGAGCGUCCGGCAGCAGCGGGAAGAGGGAGACGAAGGGGCUCAGGAGCUGGACAACAUCUGCAGGUCCUGGGACGACUUCCAUGCCUGCGCCAACGAGGCGCUGUCGAGCUGCCCCGAAGAUGCCGCGGCCAUCUGGGAGUCGCUGCGGCAGGAGUCCCGCAAGAUCCAGUUCGAGGGCAACCUGCAGGAGCUGUGCAGCACCCGCAGCCGCCUGGCCAGCGCCCGCGGCUCACCGCCCGCCGAGACCAACCAGGCUACGCUGCGGGGCUCAGCCGCACCCCUGCGCCGCCAGCUGCUGGCCCUGCUGGUCCUGCCGCUGCUGCUGCCUUGGCUCUAGCCCUGCCCGCCAGCUGCCCAGCUCACUCCCCCAGCUUUGGCCUGGCACAGGUGCCCGUGGUCCCCACCAUGUCCACCUCCCCCUGGGCAUCCCUUGCAGGGCAUCAGCCUCUCCUGCAGCCCUCCAGAUGAAUUUAUAUUUAUAUUAAAAGACACUUUUACACUUCUUCU